AGGAGGCUAGCGUGGAGAAGAAAGAGAAACCAGGGGGCGAGGCGCCGUCCAAUGACAAAGCCCAGGGGUGAGCGCCGGCCGCCAUCUUGUACCAGGCGGCAGGAUAUUCGCCCGCGUCCUCCGCCCUCGCGGGGGGAGGGGCGGCGGCGGAGGCGAGAAAAGUAGCGAGAGACGUGCCGGGAGGGAGGCGCCAGCAGCGGCCGCCGCCGCGGAGCCGGACGCAGGCGGGACGGCGGCGGCGGCGGCGGGCCCCGGCGAGCGCGAGCGGGCCCGAGUGGCCUCCGAUGCGAUGCGGCGCAGCGUGAAGAGGCGGCGGCGCCGUCCCGCGGCCGUCCCGGGCGGAGGCUUCAGGGCGGGAGGAGGGGCCGGACUGGAGGCGCGGGAGGAGAAGGUGGUGUACUCGCGGUCGCAGCUGUCGCUGGCCGACAGCACCAAGGCGCUGGGCGACGCCUUCAAGCUGUUCAUGCCCCGCAGCACUGAGUUCAUGAGCUCGGACGCGGAGCUCUGGAGCUUCCUAUGCAGCCUCAAGCACCAGUUCUCCCCGCACAUUCUGCGCAGCAAGGACGUCUACGGCUACUCCUCCUGCCGGGCCCUGGUCCCCGACCCUCCGCCGCCCCCCGCCGCCCGCGGCUCCGCGCGCAGACCGGGCCCGGGCGCGGCGGCCAGGAGGAGGCGCCGCGGAGCCCGGGCAGCCGCCGCCCGCAGGAGAAAGCGCCCGCCGCCGUUCGCUGCCGAGGAGAGCUGCCCCGCCAAGCCCCCGGCGCCAGAGCCCUGCUUUGGGGGCCGCACCCUGGAGGAGAUCUGGAGGGCGGCCACCCCGACGCUGACCACCUUCCCCACCAUCCGCGUCGGCGGCGACGUGUGGGGCGAGCGCAGCCUGGCGGCGGCGCGACGCAGAGCGCGUCAAGUCCUGCGAGUGAACCUGGAACCCGUGGUGAGGCUCCGGCGCUUUCCGGUGCCGCGGGCGUGAGGCGCGGCCGCCGCCGACCCUGGGACGGAGCUUCCGCCUGGAGGGAUGAACAAGUGUCAGUCGAGUGUUUACAGAUCCGGCCAGGACCCCGUUCCCUAGUGCACUUUACGGGCGAAGAAGUCACCGGAUGGUUUUUCCGGCCCCGCGUCCCCGGGAUGCUCCGUCGCCGGCAGGGACUUCGGGCCAGGUGUGCUCUCUGCUGCCUCCCCGCACCGGGUCUGUGGCGGGAGGGGACUGCCGGACCCGCAGGGGAGGUCCCUCUUCUUCCUAACCCCAGAUUGAGACGUCUCCAGGACUGUAGGGGCAGAUCCGUUUUCUCCCUUUUGGACUCUACCUCACUGGUCUGGAAGCCCUCCGAAGAAGUCAUUAUUUUUCCAAAGGAAUUUGGUUUCGUGCGUGUGUAAUAAAGCCAGAAUUUACUUGCUGUUCAUUCCCUAUCCCCCACCCUCUUUUUACCUUUUUGACUGCCAUCCCUCUUUCUGGACGGAAGAUCGGACAUGUUAUGUGGUGUUAUACUAGUUUGUGCUCAGGGUAUUCUGAAUCCCCUCAUUUUCUAAUUUUAACGGGAUUCCAGAGCUUUGACCAAGGAUAUUUUCUAAGAGAUUCAAGCUGAUGACUUAAUAGUGCAAGUAUUUGUACGGCUUUGAAAAUAAUGGGCUCAGUGAUUACAAACAAAGAGAUGCAAAGUAGAACUGUUUAAACAUUUUUAAGGUGUCUAAAGAUUUUAUAUUGAAAUUUAGUGUUUAUAUUUACUGAGCUCCUAAAGAAAAUGGUAGAAAGUUUUGUAUGGGAAAAGUUGACUUGUUAAAUUCUUUUUAAUUGAACAAAAAACUAUUGAAACCACAUGGGUUGUGACUUAAAAAAAACGAAUUCACAAGAACUACUGGUUAAAGAGAUGGAUGGAAUCCCAUUGGAAAUUAUUUGACCUCCUUGUACUGGUCUGAUGUGCAAAUCCAGGUACAUUACAAGGUUAAUUUAUUUUGAAGUGGAAAUCGCAUAGGAGAAAUGAAUGUUUGUAAACUUUGGGAUUAAACUGAUGAACAGAAUACCCUUCAGAAUUCUCUGAAGUAUUAAUAAUCUAGAGGGGUGGGGGCAUUUCUUGGUAUCUAAUAACUGGUUGAAGUUACUUUGGGCAAAAUAUGUCUCUUCCUUGUUUCUGUUGUUGGGUAACAAGAAAUGUCUGAACUAUUCUCCAUCACUUUCUAUGAACAUCAUGACAAUUGAGUUUUUUGCUCCAUGUUUUGUUCUUUUUUAUCUUAUUUCUAUUGAAAAUUAUGUAUGCAGUAACCAGCCUUUGACAGCUGAAAGCCACAGGAAUCCAACAGGUGAGCCACAGAGUACUGACCCUUCAUUUACACUUUGCUAGUAGUGUUUAUACCAUAUGGCCCCGUGUGGAAUUCUUGAUUAUCCAAGUGCCUUUGGUCAUUGGUGGCAGCAAGACUUUAAGGGUUUGUAGCCAGUGGUGCCACAGUCAGAUUUUACUGCAAUAUCUAAAGGGUCAAGUAGUGUUUUUGUACCACUAUCAUUACAAAUGUAAGUAUCCUGCCAUGGAACCAUCCAUACCAGGCUGGAACUUGACGUAUGAGAUCCUCAGUAUUCAGGUUUUCUGUCUGUUUGGCAGCCUCUUAGGAGAAUAAUGAGAGUUGUUUUCACUCCUGUGUUCUUAGAAUUCAAAUGGUGUAGCUUUCUGAAAUGAAUUCUUUGAGUUUAAUAGUUCAUAGUAGUAGUUUUGUGACUUUAAUUUCAGUAUUCUUGUUUUGUAGAAAGAAUAAAUACAUACAUACACACACACACAAUCACAUACAUAUAUAUAUAUAUAUGACUUUAUGCCAGUUUCCCAGUAAGCCUCAUUUUUAUUCACUACUUGAUACUGCAUUGUUACAAAUACUGUCACAUGAGUAACUAAAAGUGAAUAAUUACUUAGAAGAUGGAGAGUAUUAAAUUAUAUUUGUGUGAUAGGAAGCUUAUGUAAUUCACCUGGUUAUUAGCUUCCAUUGCCAAUUGUAUUUCAAAUAGCAUUUUCCCCUCCAAAAUCAACUUUUUUAGCUAAUUAGCACCUGAGAAAAAAGUGUGUAUUUGUACCACUUCACUAUUGUAUAUAGUUUUGUAAUUAUUAAAAAAAAAUCCAAUGGCCAUACUAGAAUGUAAUUUCAACAUAUAGCUCCUCUAGAUAGCUUCCCAGAGGAUUUUGAAAUUAGACUUAGCUGGGGACAUAACUUUGUUCAGCACAAAACUGAAACAACCAUUGACACCAUGCAUUUAACUGAGAUACUUAUUUUUCCUCUUAACGCCUUGUUACAUUAGUGCACUUGAUGUUGCAUAAAUGCUUGGCCAUCUGAUUUCAGUUGGAUCUGAUUGCCCAUCUGAAUUCAAUGUUACUUAUCUAGUUUAUUAAAAAAUCAUGCCCUUUCUAGUUUGUGAAAUAAAAUGUAAAAAAAUAUUUCUGCCAAGUUUUCUUUAGCAAAACCUUGCUAAAGUUAGUUGUUUUACAACUUCUAAAAUGUGAAGAAACAACUUACAUAGUUGACUAGCAUGUUAAUAAAGAAGUGAAAGUAUUUUGUGGGUACUUUUGGGCAGAAUGUGAAAAGGAACUUGGCACUGGGGCCUUUCUGGUGAGGCAUCCGUUUAUUGUCCUCUGAAAUGAGUGUGUAGCUUAGCUUGUAUAUAGAUUUUUAAAAGAGAAAUCCCAUGAUCUUUUUUCAUUCUUUUAAUUUAUCUUCUAUCUCAUAUGGCACAAAUAGAGGGGGAAGCUAGGAGGAACUUUAUCACCUUGCUAUGCUUUUAUUCAAUUUUGAACUCUCGAGUGCCUAAAUGUGGUGAUUGGCACCUCAAGUAAUCUUUUGAAAUUCCUGAUGUCACUUUUAUCCUUCCUGUCAACCAGCAACUUCUUUGUCUUGACUGAAACCGCUAAAGUCAUGACUGUAGAGGGCAAGCUUCAUUGUUGUUAGUGCAAAGUGUCUGUUGUGAUGUGUAUUUAUUUUUUCGAAGUUUGAGAAUCUUAUUGGACAAGUUGUAAUUUAAGCUGGUGGCUGACACCUAUUGAUUUGCUAUGUAUGUGCAAACGAUAGUACUAUUUUUCUGAAAACUUCAUUAAAAAUAAACAUUUGAAUACAAUAAAUCUGAGCAAUUUUGAACUCAAAGUUUUUUAUUUGAAGGAUUGCCACAGCAGUCUUUAGAUUGGUGGUUUUUAAUGGACAGAUACAUAUAAUAUUUACUUUAUUGGUAUGUUUAAAAUAUUUUUUGAUUAUGUCUUAAGUGCAUUAGAAAGCAGUUGUUUGUAAUGGAACUGCAUUGUUUCUUUGGACAGUUUGAUGUGCAUAUGAUUGAGACCUACAAUCUGGUUGUAUGUCUGCGUUUUAACUUAUUAACUGUAAAUAAAUUUUAGAGACUACACGGUGUCUGGUUUUUCUAAUGAUGUUGGAAGUUUUUGAAAUGGAUUGCAUGUGAACAGAAAGCAUUUUAAUUUACAGUGUGUUAAAUUUUGACUUUUUUUGUGAACUCCUAACUUUUGGAAGUCUCAAGAUAUGUUUUGUGCCAUUUUGGGAGUUUGUUGUAUCAACUCUUUAAUGAUCUAGUCAAUCUCCAUGACUGUACUUCAUGCCCAAGCCCAACCCAUUACCCAGUUUGCCAGCAAUAAAGACUUUUAAAAUGCA